AUGCUGUUGCUCUGCUGUGUGUACGGCGGCGCCCUGCUGCUUGUUGCUUGUCUUUCGGUAUCCGAGGCAGCACCGAAUGCGGCUGUCUAUUCCCAGCCUCGCUUCCUCGGCAAUUCCACUGUGCUUCUUCUUGGUCGUUUUAAUCUACAGCAGCCUACGCAAUUCCAAAGUAUCCAGCUCAAUGAUCAGGCCCGCGCCGUCCUCUGGCAGUUCCAAAAUCAAUCCGGAAGUUCGGUGGCCGUGUGGUCCGAUCUCAACAGCACGGGUUCGUUGGGCCAGACUUAUUUUCAAAGCGCCGCGGUCGAAUCAGCCCGGAGUGCACUUCGCAAGGCCAGUGCGUCGAUGGAGGCAAGUGCGCCUGUGCUCCGGGGUUUGCCGGGCAGUCGUGCGAGCAAUGUGCCCCUGGGUUCUACAGCGGUCGGUGUCUCUCCUGCCCGACCUGCCCUCAAAAUCGAUCCUGCAGCGAUGGCCUUCAUGGCUCUGGCGAAUGGUUUGUUGGAUCCGAUUGCCAUGUGCGGCAACGGAUAUUGCAACUCGGACGGAACAUGCACCUGCCAUGUUGGAUGGGCUACGCCGACCUCGGCACCCAACUCCUCGGCAUGCUCGACCUGCGCCGACCGCCACUUCCUGUACCAAGGCGACUGCGUUGCCGCCGGAGCCCUGGUUGUCGACCCUGGAGCAAAGUCUUGUGUGCCGAAUCCCCAACGGACACAAUGCCCAAGCGGCGAAUACUACGACGGUAGCAACUGUCGAGCCUGCGGUGGACUGUGCGAUACUUGCUAUGAGGGUGAUCGGUGUCUGCAGUGCAGCACGAGCGGAAUGGUCAACCUCCCAAACUCCUUGCGAAUGUAUCCCUCAGCCGGGCCUCGGGCUCAGGACUGCCUUGGAGUGAUUGACGACAUGUGGGAAUGCAAUGCCCCGAGCCAGUAUGUUGACUUGGACAAGGGAACAUGCGAAGCCUGCCCAAGGUUCUGUGCCAGCUGCGGAUAUACUUUGGGGAACCAGCGAAGCGAUUUCUUUGAGCAGCGGUCGCUUCUGCAGUGCAGCAGCUGCGAGUCGGGGUAUCUGCUUGACGG